UCUCUCUUGGAUCCAUACAGUUGGUACAGUCAGCUGUUUAGAGACAGUCCACCUGCUCAGCCUGUAUGGAGAAAGGUCAAGCUAUUCUCUCUGAGGAUUCAGGAUCACUACCUCUGCAGGCCAGUAGAGACAACAAAUUUACAGGCCAUUCACAACCUACGGGGAAGAUCCAGGUCAUUGGAGACAUUUUCCAGUUCACGGUUGAUGUGAGUGAAUUUUCUCCAGAGGAUGUUAUCAUCACAUCCUCCAACGACCUGAUAGAGGUGUAUGCUGAGAAGCUGGGGGAAGAUGGCGCAGUCACCAACACUUUUUCCCACAAAUGCAAACUACCAUCUUAUGUGGACCCCGUCUCUGUGACCAUGGCCAUGGGGGGCAGUGGGAUCCUGACUGUCAGAGCUCGCAGAGGAUUUUAAGUGUCUUCCCCAUGUCUGAUGCAUCUUUUGACAUUUCAACCCUGGACUUUAUCGACAUCUGGCGGUGGGCGAUUGAA